AGCUGUUGGCUUUAUAUAAAAAUUGAAGCGCACACAAAGGCAGCAUUUAGUCUGGCACAGUCACUGGCCUGUCCAGUGUCACAGUCAGACAGCAGCAGCAGCAGCAGCAGCAACAGCAACAACAACUGACCGGCGACUGCAGCAGCAGCCAAGAAGAACAAGAGGAAGCACAAGAACGUCAGCGACAACAAUAAAAAAUAACAAACAAAAAAACAUCAACAACAAAAAAUACAUUGAACUGACUACUGAUAACCACUAAGAUGGCAAUGAAAGUUAGACUUGAAUUGCUGCCGCUAGCGAUGCUGUUGGCAAUGUCCACAGCAGCAAUAACAUCGCUGAACAGUUCGAUGCCAUUGGAAGGUAUCGAGUAUGGUAAUGGGAUUCCAGAGCGCUUUGAUGAAACGCAACUGUGGCGCAUCUACAAUAUUACGGAGGCAAUGCAACAGAGUAUUCCAGUUGGCCAAGUGAUGGAGCAAAAGUUUGGCGGCAACAUAUGGAAAGAGAACUCCAAAUUUCUGGACAUUUCGAUUGCCAAGGAGCAUGUGAAAGCAGCGCGCAGUUUUCUGGACGCACAUCGCCUGGAAGCGCAAGUGUUGACCGAAAAUGUGCAAACAUUGAUCGAUGAGGAGCAGCUGGAUGGAAUCAAUAGUACUCAGUCGGAGCCUGGUUAUCGCACAAAGAAGGCAUCGCGCAAUGGCAGCGGCAUGCACUGGAAGGAUUAUCACGAUCUGGAGACCAUCUAUGCAUUUAUGCGCGAGAUUCGUGCCAAGUUUCCCACCAUAUGUCGACUCUAUACCAUUGGACAGACGGUCGAAGGACGCGAUCUCAAGGUUUUGCGGAUCUCGGAGAACCCGCGUGAAUACAAAAAAGUGUGGAUUGACGGCGGCAUCCAUGCACGUGAAUGGAUAAGUCCCGCAACGGUUACAUUCAUAUUGUACCAGCUGAUGCACAACUGGGAGAAUCAGCCAGCGCAUAUACGCGGCCUCACGUGGUACAUUAUGCCGGUGAUGAACCCGGAUGGAUAUGAGUACAGCCGGACGGUGAAUCGACUGUGGCGUAAGAAUCGUUCGCCUUCGAAACGUCCAACCUGCUUUGGCGUCGAUUUGAAUCGUAAUUUCGAUAUUGGCUGGAGCGGCUAUGGCUCCUCGACGAAUCCCUGCAGUGACACGUAUCGCGGCACCUCGCCUGCCUCCGAGCAGGAGACAAAAGUGGUCGCCGAUUUUCUCUCAAAGCGCAAAUAUAAUCUCGAGGCGUAUCUAACGUAUCACAGCUAUGGACAAAUGGUCGUCUACCCCUGGGCCUACAAGGCCGUCAAGGUCAGAGACUCGAAUGUGCUGCAGCAUGUGGCCAACACAGCCGUGGAUCGUAUAGCACAAAUGACGGGCACAUCCUAUCGCGCCUCGGUUACCCACGAGGUGCUUGGUGUUGCCGGCGGCGGUUCCGAUGACUGGAGUCGUGCUGCCCUUGGCGUCAAGUAUGUCUAUACCAUUGAGCUGCGCGAUCGCGGCACCUACGGCUUCGUUCUGCCACCAAAGUUCAUCAAGGACACUGCCCUGGAGGGUUGGACCGUUGCCGAAACGGUUGCUCAGGCGAUUGUCUAGUCAAAGUGACCUAGGCGAGUAUAUAUGUAUGCGUGUUUAAGUGUGUGUGUGCGUGUGUGUGAGUGAUUGCCUAUUUAUGUAUGCGUGUACAUUGUACAUAUGUAAAGUAAAUAAAUUAUAUAAAUUAAUUGUUUAA